UAAUAGGCUCCUGCCCACCUCUGCUUCCUGCAAGCACUCAGCAGUUCCAGAUCACACCAAGAUCACCAUGAGUUCACUCAGCAAAGCCUCCCUCCAGCUCAUGCUUGAUCUGUUCCAACAGUUAGGAAAAUCAAAGGAGGAAAAUGUCUUCUACUCCCCUUUCAGCAUCACGUCAGCAUUAAGGAUGCUCUUUUUAGGGACCAGAGAAAACACUGCACUACAAAUUGCAAAGGUCCUUCAUCUUCAAGAAGACACAGAGAACACAAAAGACACAGCGUCAACCCACCACAUUGAGAGGUCAGAAAAUGUGCAUCUCCAAUUUCAAAAGCUUCUGAAUGAAUUAAACAAACCUACUGAUGCCUAUGAGCUGAAGAUUGCCAACAAGUUCUAUGGAGAAAAGACUUUUCCAUUUCUUCGGGAAUAUUUGGAUGAUAUUAAAAAAUAUUACCUCGCCAAUGCAGAAUCUGUUGAUUUUGCAAAUGCUGCAGAAGAAAGUCAAAAGAAGAUUAACUCCUGGGUGGAGAGCCAAACAAACGGAAAAAUCAAGAACUUAUUUCCUAGCGGGACUCUCAACAGCACCACCAUACUGGUUCUGGUGAAUGCCAUCUACUUCAAAGGGGAGUGGGAUGAGAAGUUUAAUAAAGAACAGACCAAAGAGGACAAAUUUUGGCUAAACAAGAAUACAAGCAAACCUGUGCAGAUGAUGAAACAAAGGAAUCAUUUUAAUUUUGCUUUGCUGGAGGAUGUGCAGGCCAAGAUUCUGGAAAUACCAUACAAAGGCAAAGAUCUGAGCAUGAUUGUGCUGUUGCCAAAUGAAAUAGAUGGGCUGCAGAAGCUUGAAGAACAACUCACUGCUGAGAAAUUAAUAAAGUGGAUGAGCUCACAGAAUAUGAAAAAAAUAUAUGUGAAAUUACACUUACCUAAGUUCAAAAUGGAAGAGAAAUAUGAGCUCAAUUCUGUGUUGGAAGCCAUGGGGAUGGUGGAUGCCUUCAGUCCACAGAAUGCCAAUCUUUCAGGAAUGUCUGAGCACCAAGGUCUUGUGUUAUCUAAAGUCCUACACAAGUCCUUCGUGGAGCUGACUGAAGAGGGAACAGAGGCUGCAGCAGCCACUGGCAUGGUAAUCAGGGUGACAUCAGCACAAAUGCAUGAAGAAUUCUUCUGUGAUCACCCUUUCCUAUUCUUGAUCAAACAAAAUAAGACCAAUAGCAUCCUCUUCUUUGGCCGAGUCUCUUCCCCUUAGAUGCAAUUAGCUUGUCACUACUUUAGGGAAAAGUUUACAGGUUCAUUUCAGUAAAUAGCUUGCUGGCAACGAAUUUAAUAGUGGAAUUUAAUAGUGGAAACAGCAUAUCUCUAUCAUACUCUUUCUAUGUACACAUAAACUUACUUUUUCACCCAUAAAAAUUUC